AUGGUAAUAGUGCAUGAAUAUCCACUUGUAAUGGUGGAACAUCAUGGGUUUCAAAAGUUUGUGGUUGGUCUUCAACCUUUAUUUAAGAUUCCAUCUAGGAAUACCUUAAAAAAUGAUAUUCUCAAGAUUUAUGACUUUAAGAAAGAAAAAACAAUGCGUCUAUUGGAGAAGAAUCGAAGCAAGAUUGCCAUUACGAUAGAUAUGUGGACAUCAAGUAAUCAAAAAAAAGGUUUCAUGUCAAUCACAUCUCAUUUGAUCGAUGAUAACUGGGAGAUGCAAAGCCGAAUAAUGAGGUUUAUAUAUGUGCCUUGUCCUCAUACUGCUGAAGUUCUUGCUGAUGUGUUGUAUGAAUCUCUAUGUGAUUGGAACAUUGAUAGAAAAAUAUCAACAGUUACAGUUGAUAAUUGUAGCACAAAUGAUCUUAUGAUUCAUUUAUUAUUAGACAAGUUGUCUUUGAACUCGUUGAUUUUAGGAGGAGAGUUAUUUCAUAUUGGGGAUGGAAUUGAGAGAAUUAGGGAUAAUGUUUAUUUUUGGAGCGCAACACAAAAAAGAAUAGAAAAGUUUGAAGAAGUGGCUCGUCACUUGACAAUUGAUUGCUCAAAAAAAUUGUCUCUUGAUUGUAAAACAUGUUGGAACUUGACAUAUUUGAUGUUUAGUGUUGCUAUAGUGUACAAGGAUGUUUUCAAACGUUUAAAGCAACGAGAAGCACAAUAUAGAAGUUUACCUACAGAUAGAGAUUGGGAGUUAGCUUCAAGUAUUUGUGGAAAAUUGCAACUGUUUUAUAAGGUGACUUUGAUGUUUUCGGGUAGCAAGUAUCCUACGGCUAAUGUAUUUUUCCCAUCCAUAUGUGAGAUAAGAAUUGCAUUAAGUAAGUGGAGUGAAGAUCGAGAUGAAGUGAUAAAAGCAAUGGGGGAGAGGAUGCUUGUUAAGUUUGAUAAAUACUGGUCAGUUAUACAUGGAGUUAUGGGAGUUGCAGUUGUAUUAGAUCCAAGAUACAAGUUCAAAAUGAUGGAGUAUGUUUUCCCAAAGAUUUAUGGUUUUGAAAAGUCUGAUGUUGAAAUUGUAAAACUAAAGGUGCUUGUGUCUCGUUUGUUUCAAGAUUAUGAAACUUGUAAUUAUGAAAGUUCGCGGAAUCGGGAUAUUGAUUCAAGUCGCAACACUAGUGACAUGGAGGUUCAGGUGGAGGGGUUUUUUUUCAAUGACUAUGUUACAUUCAUUGAAGAUGAUAAUCAUACAGGGAUCACUAUAUAA